CAGCAAGAUGCCUUCCAGACUGAGGAAGACCAAGAAACCGAGGGGUCGUGUUAGCCAUGGCCACAGCCGUAUCGGCAAACACAGGAAGCAUCCCAGAGGCCGUGAUAAUGCUGGAGGUUUGCACCACCACAGAAUUAAUUUUGACAAAUAUCAUCCUGGUUAUUUUGGGAAAGUUGGUAUGAGGCAUUACCAGAACUUCAGUCCUACAGUGAAUCUGGAUAAACUCUGGACACUUGUUAGUGAGCAGACAAGCUCAAAAUUCUUCAGCAGAAAGGCGGAAGAGAAAAUCAAAGAAGUUGGUGGUGCCUGUGUGUUAGUGGCAUAAAGGAUUUUCUAUGUA